UGUGGUCAGGGUAGGUAGAGCUGUGCAGAGCAAGGGACCGGUUGAGAAGGGUUGAGAAGUCCUUCUUAGCAGUAGCUGUAGGAGAAAUGGAGAUGCAAUCUUACUACACCAAACUCUUGGGAGAGCUCAAUGAGCAACGGAAGAGGGACUUCUUUUGCGACUGCAGCAUCAUUGUGGAAGGGAGGAUUUUCAAGGCACAUAAGAACAUUCUCUUUGCUAACAGCGGUUAUUUCAGAGCCUUGCUGAUCCACUACAUCCAGGACAGUGGGCGGCACAGCACUGCUUCCUUGGACAUUGUGACUUCCGAGGCCUUCUCCAUCAUUCUGGACUUCCUUUAUUCAGGGAAGCUGGACCUUUGUGGGGAAAAUGUGAUUGAGGUCAUGUCUGCAGCCAGUUAUCUGCAGAUGACCGAUGUGGUCAACUUCUGCAAGACUUACAUCAGGUCGUCGCUGGACAUCUGUCGGAAAAUAGAGAGGGAGGCAGCCUUUUAUCAGGCUGACAGCGGAACCUCCAGCUCUGCCAGGGAGGGCACAUCCUACAGUGCAAAGAGCCAGUGCUCAGCUUCUGUUUCAUCCCUGCAGGAGAAGGAAAGGAUUCCAGAUUGUCAACGAGACCCUCCCUGUGGGGAAUGCAGCAGCUGCCAUCCCAUCGAGCUUGUAGUAAGGGACCCUAUAAGCAGUGACUCACCAGACGACACUAACUCUUCACUGCCCAAAGUAGUGGAACCGAAAGUGGAAUUUGAUGCAGACGAAGUGGAAGUCGAAGUGGGUGAACGGCUGCCGCAGUACCCAACUCCGUUGACCAUAGAGCAGAUAGAAGAAGGGCUUCAUAGUGGCCAGGCAAUGGAUCUGGCCUGCAAUAAUUAUCACAUGAAGCAGUUCUUGGAAGCCUUGCUGCGCAACAGUGCGGCCCAAAGGAAGGACGAUGUAGUCCAUCACUUUGUCCGUGGUUAUGAGGGCAGGUCAGAAGAUGCAGGAGUCCCCAUGAGUUCCAUGAUGGAUAUUCAUAAUGACUGGUAUGGAGAGGAUACAGGGGAUGUUCUAGUUGUGCCAAUCAAGCUCCACAAAUGCCCGUUCUGCCCAUACACAGCCAAACAGAAAGGAAUUCUGAAGCGACACAUCCGCUCCCAUACAGGCGAGAGGCCAUAUCCUUGUGAGAUCUGUGGCAAACGCUUCACCCGGCAGGAACACCUUCGGAGCCAUGCUUUGAGUGUACAUCGAUCAAACAAACCAAUAAUCUGCAAGGGCUGCAGGAGAACAUUUACGAGCAGCCUGUCCCAAGGAUUGCGACGUUUUGGCCUGUGUGACAGUUGCACUUGUGUCACAACCACGCAUGAGGAUUCAAUGCCCAUCAACCUCAGUCUGAUGGAACCUUCUUCAGAAGGUCCGGAAAAAAGUGACCCAGACAACGACUGGCCCAUCUAUGUCGAAUCGGGGGAUGAAAACGAUCCGCCUGACGACGACGACGCUGAUCCAGACCCUGAUGAAAAGCAGAGCCUACACCGAGAGGCGCUUAUGUACCGGGCGCGCCAGAAAGCGAGUGCGCCCCCUGCCAAUGCGGCCAGUGCGCCGAAGCCGAGCAGCAGCCCGGGAACAGGACUUCAUCCCCGUUUGAGCAUGGAGAUUUCUUCCCACCAGUUCCACCUCCUGCAGCAGUUAAAUGAGCAGCGCAGGCAGGACCUAUUCUGUGACUGCAGCAUUUUGGUUGAGGGGAAAGUCUUCAAAGCCCAUCGGAAUGUGCUUUUUGCCAGCAGUGGCUACUUCAAAAUGCUCCUUUCCCAGUGCUCUAAAGAAGCCAGCCAACCCACAACAGCCACCUUCCAGGCCUUUUCUCCUGAAACAUUUUCCGUUAUCCUGGAUUUUGUGUAUUCGGGCAAACUCUCCCUUACUGGACAAAAUGUGAUCGAGGUCAUGUCGGCUGCCAGCUACCUGCAAAUGACCGAUGUCAUUAGCGUUUGUAAGACGUUCAUUAAAUCUUCCUUGGACAUCAGCGAGAAGGAAAAGGAUCGCUAUUUCAGCCUCUCAGACAAGGAAGUGAACUCAAAUGGUGUGGAACAUUUGUGCCUCUACGGGGGUGGUGGCUGGAAAGUGGAGAGCAGCCCGCCCCAUGUGCACUUAAGCCCAGAUCAAGGGACAUGUAUAGUCAGUGGGAAUUCGUGGAGCAGUUAUAGCUAUUACCCAUCUGCUCAGCGGAAUGCCCAGCAGCUGUCCAAGCAAGAGCAAUGGCAAGAUUCCAUGAAGAAAAGCAGCAAGCACAUAGGAUUGCCACAGCCCGCGGACAUCCCUCACUAUAAAUCGAGCAAACUGGAAGAGCAUGCUUCAGAGCCUGCAAGCCACGUUCCUGCCUCGGAAGAGGACGUCCAGAUUGACUCGGAAGGGGAUUCUGGUCACAGUGGCUACCAGUACAGUCAGGGAUCUGAUGCCCUCCCGAGAGGCUUGGCAAUGCCACAGCAAGAGCACGAAUCCCCCCAUUCUGCCGGCAAGGUGAAAUCACCCAAGGGGGAUGAGCAAUAUCCCAGCAUGCACUCAGUAUUGGGCGUAAUGGGGAGCUGGGCCGACGAUGAUCUGCCCAGGAUGAGAUUCAAGUGCCCCUUUUGCACUCAUGUGGUGAAACGGAAAGCAGACCUGAAGCGCCACCUUCGCUGCCACACGGGAGAACGGCCUUACCCCUGCGAAGCAUGCGGAAAGCGGUUUAGCAGGCUGGACCACUUGAGCAGCCACUUUCGGACAAUCCACCAAGCUUGCAAACCCAUCUGCCGAAAAUGCAAGCGUCAUGUGACUGAAAUGACCGGGCAGGUGGUCCAGGAAGGGACGAGACGGUACAGACUUUGCAAUGAAUGUCUGUCGGAAGCAGGCAUUGACAGCAUCCGGAUUGACCUGGACACAGAACCACCACCUGAGUUCCCUCUGGAAGAAGACAAGGAAUCGAGCUGGAAUUAUGGGGAAGACAACAAGUCAGACAUCGAGAUCGUUGAGGACGGGUCAACUGACUUGGUCAUCCAGCAAGUCGAUGACAGCGAUGAUGAAGCAGAGGAAAAAGAUAUAAAACCAAAAGUUAGCUAGUUAUGAAUGAACUGAUUGAAAGCUCCUGCCUUUUUUUGUUGCCCCUUCCUUUUGUCUUGACCAUAGACUCCCAACCAGCCCGUGGUUAACACACCAUCUAUUAUAUAGGCUUUCUAUGACUCAGUCUCAAUUUGCAUGCAUUUAUGGACAUGCUGUGUGUCUCCUUUGAAUUUAGUUACUCCCAAGUAUCAAUAUUUUGUUGCAUAAGAAAAAAAAUAUCCAUCCCGAGAUGGAAUCAUGUAUGAACAAUUUAUUGCUGAACUGCGAUAGUGACAACUUUUGAUAUAGCCUAAAUGGGUCUCUUCUCAAGGUUUUUUUCAAUGUUGGGGAAGGGGAGCA